CGUGACAAUCUGACGUAUGUUCGUUUUGCGAGAGACGUCAAAGUUCAUAACGUGUUUUACCUUUACCUGUUUGAAUCGAAAUUAUUAAAAUAUAGAGAUUAGUGAUUUUUGCGCGUACACUUUUCUCGAGUAUAAAUAACCUAUUAUAACUCUUUUAUUGUUGUGAUAACAAUGACAUAUUUGAGUUCAUGGGAAGAAUUCGAAAAAGGCGCUGAAAGGUUAUAUCUACACGAUCCGAUAAACACUCGGUAUACAAUGAAAUAUUGUCACAAUAAAGGACUUUUAUGUUUAAAAUUAACAGACAAUCGACGGUGUCUCCAAUAUAGAACAGAAAUAGCUCAAGACUUAAAAAAAAUGGAAAAAUUUAUAGGCAAUCUCAUGAGACAUAUGGCAUCGAAAGAUAGUUAAAUAAGCAAGGCUUAUGUAUAGAAAUAUGUUGAUCAUUGAGUAUAUAUCAAAACAUAAUUUUAUUUAAUAAAGUUUUUCUCUCGUUUCGUAAGAUUUAACAACUGCACGGUCCAUGGAGAGAUAUUAAAUCUGUUUUAGGUACGAAACUUUCUUAAAUAUACAACAUAUGAUAAAUGUGAAACUGCUUUAUUUUGUAUUAAAGUUUUGUGAUUAUUGUGGAUGGUUCCGUUGCCUCCUCGUUAAAGUUCUGAAACAAUGGAAUUUAUAAAUUAAACUUGAAACGAUACUAUAGAAAAACUAUACUGUAUAGAGAGGAUACUUUCCUCUCUCUUUAUGCUUAAAAUAUUGAUUUUUUAAAAAUUUAUCGAUAUCGUUAUGAUAUCUAUCGAAAAAUUACAUUAUAACUAUAUUUCGUACUUAAUUUGUUAGAUAUUAAUAAAGCCAGAUUUAAAA